UUCAAUCCCCCCAUUGCAAAAGGAUAGUUUACUAUUCAUGAGCACAUACACAGCACAUUUUAAAAUGUGUGAAUCAGAGACACCCAAUUCAAGAUACUGCUUCCUCUGUGGGGUAGAAGGACUGAGGAGGUUCCAGGAGCCUUGGUUGGACCUUAAACAGUUUCUUGUUUUUGUUUUUUGGGGUUUUGUCUUUUUUUUAGGAAAAAGGCUCUAGAGCAAAUGGGGGAAAUGUAUUUGGAUUUUUUUGGAGGGGGAAUGUACUUGUUACUAAUAAUUUUCUGUGUGCUUUAAAUAGUUCACCAUCUUAAAAAACCAGAAGAAAAGCAAUGUAGGGCAGAGAUUGCAACUGUUCCUCCUUGCAGAUAAGGAAAUUGAGGCUCAGAGAGGUUCACAACCACAACAGAGCCUACUCUUUUGUUCAGGGACACCAGGUACAUUCAAGGUAGAUAAAUUCUACAGGGAGAGACUGUGCAUCUCAAUUCACUGAAAGCCUGUUUUCUGAAAGACACAGCAUAAAUGUAUAGAGUGGGUCUCUUGGGCAACAUCGUAAUUCUUGUCUUCCUUGACAACUGAAUUUUUGCUAUUAUCACCCUAAUACAGGUCCUAGUGGGGCAUUCUGGGUAUAACUUGACCAAAUGUUCAGGGUAUGUGGGGUAAACACUAGACUGAGCCCUGGUUUUGGCAAUAGCCAUUACUAGGAGUUCACCAUUGUGACAUGAGGCACAGCAAAGUAAGAGCAUUGUAAAGCUCUUUCUGGAACCAAAAUGUUGCCUCCACACAUCCUUUCAGCAGCAUUGCCUGAUUAGAUGAUACAAUGGGGCCAUCAGACUUUAUCAGGACCAUUGGUCUAAAGUAGAAACCAGGAGCGGGGAGAAGUGCUGUUUCUCAGUGUUUGGCCCCAUUGCUAUGGUCCCUGUUGCCAUGGUUCCCAUGCACUUUUUGCUCGUGCUUUCAACAAUUUAUAGCACUUUCAGCAAGCAGGACCUAGAAGUUCUCUCAGGCAGACCAGGAAGAAGACUGCUAACAAAAAUGAUAAGAGCCAGUAAGGGAAGUAAUUAAGCAACACAUAAAAAGAGUAAGUAGAAAGAAUUUGGUGUGAGGCUGAAAAACAGUUUAGUGGGUGUUUUAAAGGAAUCUUUUGGAGAUGUGAUGAUGAAUCAGGCAGCUGGGACAGAAUUCACUGAGAAACGUCAGUUAUGGGCUAUCAUGCUUCUUGCAACAUACCCCGCUGUGUCCCCCCAGGGUGUACUUUUAUAUUUGCUUUUAACUUUUCCUCUCGUUUGUUCUGUCCAACUUCAUUCUGCAGAGCCAGGUUCUCCCUUAUACAUCACCCCCAUUGUUUCAAAUAAACUUUGUCACUGUUUUCAGCUUGUUUCAUUCAACUAUGAGAAAGAAAGAAAUGUCCAUUAUGUAGCUGCCAUGUGGUACAGGUAUAGCAACUCCAUGCCCUGGAUUAUCCAGAAAAGUCCCAAUUUCAAGUAUUCUAUUCUGUUUGUCAGACCAAGAAUCAUGAUUUGCAAUGCAGAAAAUAAGGUCACUCUAGUUAGAGUAGCUCUUUAAGUCACCUAAGAAAGCCUAAUUUAGAAAUCCUCUCACUAGUUGACAGGGUCAUACAGGGUCUGCCUAAGUGAAAUAGCAUCUUAUGAAAAGAAAUAUAAAAGUCCUUCUGGACUCCUCAUGCCUUCAGAGUCCCUGUAGCUCUCUGGCAAGAAGGUGUGGACUGAAAGUAUGGGGUUUUGACGCCCACUGUCCUGUAUUACAGUAUGUGCUACAUUAACACUGUCAGUGUGGGAAAUACUCUGAGCUUCUAUUUCCUCUAUAAAAGAACAGUAAUAUCUAUAACACAGGAUUAUUCUGAGCAGUAAGUGAGAUGGUCACUACCUUUAAAGACCUGUAUGAUUUCUGGCUAUUAAAACUUUUCCUUCAUUUGACAAAUAAAUGUUUACUACAUACCAGACUCAACAAUCCAGAGGAUACAGAGGCCAGGCAUGGGGAUACAGAGGUGAGCAAAACAGAUAGGGACCCUGCUGACAUGGACCUUUCAGUUAAGAGAAGUAGGCAGACAUUAACCAAAGAAUCAUCCCCUGCAAGGUUCAAGCAGAAGGGACACAUGGCCAGAGUGCUCUUUUCAAAAGCUUACUGCCCCUGCUAGGAGUAUAACUUAGGGAUAGAGCACUUGCCUAGCAUGCACAAGACCUUAGGUUCCAAUGAAUGAAUGAAACCAACUUGACUGCUAUGUAGAGAGGAUCAGGAGAGACGGUAGGGGCUACAUAGGAGGCUUCUGCCAAUGAUAGCAGCCUAGACUGAGGUGGUGGCAGUGCCAGUCGUAAAAAAUGGUCAGAUGCUAGAUAGAUUGUAGAGACAGAGUCCAUGGAACUUGGUGAUGAGUUGAUUUGGGGGAGUGAGGAGGAGGCAAGCAAAUAUCUUAGCUAACUGUCCUCAGAAAUUGGGUUACUUGAAGCCAUAAAGACGGUCCAAAAGGUUGCUGAGGGGUACUGUAUGGAGGUUAUAUUUCUCUUCUCCCUUCUGUAGAGCAACGUCCUUCAGUUACUAGACUUAAUCUUAAAUAAGCAUUUAGUAUUUUUAAACUUGGCUUGUGUGUGGAAUAAUACAGCCAUGUAAUGGCAUUUUGCCUUUUGUUAAGUUCAGAUUUCUCCUUAAAAGUAAAUCACUUACUUCCAAAUAUUGAAUGGAAGGUCACUUUAAAAAUAACAUGGUUUCCAUUAACAUAGAAUGCUGAAAAAAUUCUUCAGCCUAGGUGUCUCCUGCAGACCAGUACAUGUUGUUUGAAUUUGAUUCCUUUCAAAUCUUUUGCUCAAUAGCUUUUGUUCCAAGAAGCGAGAAGAGAAGAGGGCUUGAAAGAGGAGGAGAUGAGAAGGGCCAAGACAAACUUGAGUUUCAUAAGAAUUAAUCACACUUAACCCCAGUUAACCACUCUUUACAGUUUCCAAGGGCAUUUCAUACAAAUUAUUUGUGGUCAUAUUUUGCAAGUGGCAGACCGAGCUGUCUGCAGACUCCCAGUCCGGGGUUUUGCUCUUUAUUGCACUGUCAGGUCCUUAAAAUCUUUUAGGAGUGGGUAGGAGGCAGGGAUUUUGUGAUCAACAAAAAAGUUCCAAUAGACAUUCAAGGCCCUUCUUUGAAACAGUUUAUUCCAUGUGCAUUGAGACUGAGUGUAAAACAAAAUUUGCUAUUUUCCCACACCACUUGUCCCCUACACACAUCAACAAGGCUUUUAUUUCUCAACUCUUACAAACCCACCCUUCUUCAGAAGCUAUUAUCUGCCUGAGAAUCAAUUGAGACCUCUUGUCUUUUUUGUGCUCUCAAACUCUAAGGAAUGAAGUUCCCAUCUGCCUUAUAGCAAACAAAUCUCUUGCUUAUACCUGUUUCCCAGAAACUGAAGAGCUUUUUUCCUUUCUCCAGUGUCUAUAGUUCUCUUUUCAGAACAUUUGACCCUCUUACUGAUUUUUAACUGAAGGUGGCAAUUAAAUGGGUUUCCCAAUCUUGAACCAUCUCUCCAAAUCUCCCUGCAUUUAUCCUGCCUUCACCAACCUCUGAAUUAGGAAAGAAAAAAUUCAUGCAAACAUAUUUUCUUGAAUUAUUAUUUUUCCUCUUUCUAAGCAGCCCUAUAUUAACAUAAAGGUGGAACAAUUACUAGGGAGAAAUGGCAGCAUGCAUUUCCACUGAGUAGGCAGGUGUCUCUUCUGGAAUUAGGACUGACAAAAACCACUACAGCGGCAGUGUCUAGGACUGUUACCCAUCAUAGUGCCCUUCUCAAGCCCUUCUGUGGGAACCCAGAGAUAGGUGGAAUUCCAAAUCUUCAGGUUCAAACUGAACAAGGAGGCAGCAAAAGAGGAAUGCUUCUCAUUCAGUUUUGUGAGUUUUGAAGGCAAGAGGAAAAGGAAAGCAAGGAAAGAGAAAUAAAAAAGAUAGGUGAAAAGAGUGCAAGGGGAGGAAUAGAAAUACAGCUAUGAAAAGAAUAAUACAAACUUAUUUAUUUAAUAGAUUUAUAUUUAUGUAAACUAUUUCAGCAUAUUUUAUUAAAUAUAUAAAAUAUUGUAUUUCAUAUAAUUUGUCUAUGUGGUUUUGUUACUAGGAAAUGUCAUGAUUUUUGUAAAAACUUCAAAUAGUACUGAAAGAUUUCAAAUGAAAAGUCAAAGUCUUUUCCCAACCCUCUCCUAGCCCUUCUCAUGCUCUCUGGAAGCCAUCAAUACACACAGUUACUUGUGUGUCUUUUUAUUAUUAGGGGGAGAGUACUGACGAUGGAAGUAUACUACUACUGAGCUACAUUCCUUGCUUUUUGGGGGAGGAGGGAGGACAAGGGCUCAUUGAAUUGCCCUGAACUUGUACCCCAUGCUGGGCUGCUUGUGUAUCUUUACAGACUUGUUCCACAUAUAUAAGCAUAUAUGUGGUUUUUUGUGCACUCAUGAUAUUGAGCUACACACACUGGUGACUACUGUGGUGGACAAUGGCAGUUGAGCAGGCCAAAAGGGCCAAAUUGUUGCCCUACGUGGUGGUAGGAUUGAAUUUAAUUGGACAGGAAGGAUAAAAAGCUCAACUCUAUCAGUAGGGGAAACUUCUAGGGCCUCUUGGUUCCUCAAUUUGUGGAUCCCAAGGCAUGACGAUUGGGUGCAGAGCAGCACCACCAAUGCAAGAAACCACACUCAGAGCUGAGGAAAGGGCUUAGGGCUCUGGCAAGGAUGAUCUGUAGCCUGUUCCGGGUUCCCCUUUCUCCGCCCUCAGAAGCGCUUGUGUUCAUAGCUUCUCCUUGAGCAUCUCAUUGUACUCAAGACCCAAUACCAGUUCCCUUUUCUCUCUUUUUCAAAAGCAGAGUGGUGUGGCAAUGGGCUCCAAGGAAAGCCCUGGUGCUGGGGUGAGGGAGGGUGUGGUGGGAGGAACCCACAUUGUGACUUACUCAACUGUAAGAUUUUAACUCAAUGUGGGCAGCCCCACAGCCUCUGUGGUCCUGGACAACAGGAGCGAGAACCAUGGCGUCACAGCCUAGAGCCUGGAAUGGUCAUAGCAGCAGCCCAGCAAGCAGUGUGACUUGCUCCACCACCUCAGACGCCAGGCCCAGCCACUCCACUCCACAAGGCAUUCAUGGAAGAGUUGCCAUUGGGCAGGAAGCUCGGUUCUCAAAUCUCACCUCACCAGUACUGAGAAAUCUUUCCAGUGAGCCUGAGGACCCUCAUCAGGCACACAGUGGCCUAGACGUUCCUGGCAUGGAUAGUGUGGGAACAGUGUACAGUGUCCCCAGCUCUUGCAAUGGGCCAACAGAAUCAACGUUCUCCACUUCCUGGAAGGGAGAUGCCUUCACCUACAUGACUCCACGUGCAGUCAACCAGAGCAACCAAGUUAAUGAAAGUGGAAAAAAUCCUUCCUCGGGGAAUUCUUGCAUCUCUGUGAACACACUCCCACUUCUAGUUCCUAAGGAGGCAGCUCCCCUCUUUGUUGCCCGUGAUAACCCAGCAGGAUGUAGUGGCUUAGCCAGCUGCCCUGAAUACCCCACCCAACGAAGGCAUGCACUGGAAAAACCCCACAAGAUUGGCCUUCUGACUGGUGGUACCUUGAAGCUGGAGACUAGCCCAAGUGGGGCCAACAGAUUCCGAGAGCGGUCUCUGUCUGUGCCCACAGAUUCAGGUGCCACAGAUAAGGAGUACAAUGACGAGCAGAAGGCUGGUGAGGCCUGUGCCCUGCCUUAUGCCACUACAAGCUCUGAGGGCAGUAACAGUGCUGACAACAUCACCUCCCUCAGUGCUGAGCAGGAGGCCCGGCAUAGAAGGCAGAGGUCCAAGAGUAUCUCACUCCGGAAGGCCAAGAAGAAGCCUUCUCCACCUACCCGCAGUGUCUCACUGGUCAAAGAUGAACCAGUCCUUUUUCCAGAAGGUGGGUCUGUACUGCCUAAAGACCAGAGGCCCAAGAGCCUUUGCCUUUCCUUGGAACACCAAGGACAUCACUCAUCCCCCUCAGACACUCAGGGUCAGCCAACUGCACCAACCCUCAAAGAUCCAGAAGGUACACAGUUCUCCCAGCACUGGUAUCUAACUGACUGGAAGUCUGGUGACACAUACCAAUCCUUGUCCAGCUCUAGCACUGCCACUGGCACCACAGUCAUUGAGUGCACUCAAGUUCAGGGCAGCUCAGAGUCCCUAGCCUCCCCUUCCACCUCCAGAGCUACCACACCUUCCCAACUCUCUAUUGAAGUAGAGGCACGGGAGGCCUCCUCUCCAGGAAGGCCCCCUGGGCUGAUGUCACCCUCCAGUGGAUACUCCAGCCAGUCUGAGACUCCAACACCCACCGUCUCCAUGUCCUUGACCCUGGGCCACUUACCCCCACCAAGUAGCAGUGUUAGGGUACGUCCAGUGGUACCUGAGAGGAAAUCCUCUCUAGCCCAAACAUCACCAAUGGAGAAAAUGUCCAAGGCACGGCUAUCAUUUGACCUACCACUGACCCCUUCAGCCACUCUGGAUUUGUCUGGGCUGAGUAUCUCCAUCUGCAGCAAGACCAAGGUGAGCCGCCAUCACUCAGAUACCAAUUUUGGGGCCAAGCUGGCACAGAAAACUAGCCCCAAUCAGCCAAUUAUGCCCAUGGUUACUCAGUCUGACCUACGUUCUGUUCGCCUAAGGUCAGUCAGCAAAUCUGAGCCAGAAGAUGACACUGAGAGCCCAGACUACACUGAGGAACCUGGAACAGAAGUCUUUGCUUUGCCAGAGAGAAAAGUGAAACCUCCCAUAGCUGAGAAGCCUCCACUGGCCCGAAGGCCUUCAAGCUUGGUCCACAAGCCAACAUCUGUCCAGGAGAAAUACCUGCUAACUUUGCCUACCAUUGCUACGGCCCCCAAGAGCACCAUUCACCAUGUGAAGCCACUCCUCCAAGAAAGCCACACAGUGGUGCGAAAACCAAAGCCCCUCAGCUUCCCCGAUGGCAGAAGCCCAGGGGAGCCAACAACACCUUCAUCUCUUGUCCUUACACCUUUUGCAAGUUCCUCUGGUGCUUUCUUCUCAGGAACACAGCAACCUCCCCGGGGAAGUAUGGAGGAUGAGGGCCCCAAGGUGAGAGCCUUGCCUGAAAGAAUUAGCCUCCAGAGCCAGGAAGAAGCUGAGAAAAAGACAGGAAAGAUUCCACCUCCUGUACCAAAAAAGCCUAGCGUGCUCUACCUGCCUCUUACCUCCCCUGGAGCUCAGAUGGAGCCCCACGUGGCAGAAGCAAGGCUGCCUGUCAGCCCCAUCAUCACCCUGGAGGAAGAUGUCAGGUGUCCCGCCACUGGCAGGGACCUGCAGUUACCUGGUAAGAGGACGACUUCAGCUCCACAGGCUGCCAGUGAAAAGGAGGCAAGCUCUCUAGGGAGCUCUGUGGAACCAAGCACUGAAGAGAAAAGUUUAAUCAGUGAUAAAACAGCCGAAUGGAUUGCAGAGGAGGAUGAUGACGUCUUUGUGGCUUCACGCACAACUGAAGAUUUAUUUACUGUGAUACACAGAUCCAAAAGGAAGCUGCUCGGCUGGAAGGAGGCUGGGGAGGGGUUUGCAGGAGGUCGACCUAGCUCUCACUCACCAGGAAAGAGCACAGCUGAUUCUCCCAUUAGUGAGUCUGCCACUGCUGCCGCCACUGCUGCCGCCGCUGCUUCCACCACCGCCUCGGGGUCAGGCAGCAAUGCCAGCCUAGACAUGGGCAGAAACGAUGAUUUCAAGGCCUUGCUCCAGAAGAAGGGAAGUAAGACAACUCCAAAGUCCCGCCCCUCAGCAGCUGAACUGCUGAAGACCACUAACCCACUGGCACGGAGAAUCAUUGCACAGUUUUCAAAUGACUGUGAAACCACCGAUAACCCCAGUUCCUAAGCCCUGGCUUCGACAAGCAGGGCUUACUUACUAAAUUUGAGAUGGGUAAGAGAAAGGGUUUGGGAAUAACAAAACAACGUCCUUUUUUUGACAUUAGCUUACACUCUGGUUGGCAGGAGAGAGGCCGUUUCAACUAGUGCUGAGAUUAUCAGGCACUUGAACCAUCUGUGGACGUUUUGCAUAUCCAUACUUUCACCCUUGCCAUGACUGAAGACCAAGUUUCUUCCUUUUCCUCCACUGGUGUGCACUAAAAAAGAAAUUCUCAUAUGCAAGGGCUCAUGUGCCACCUUUCCAAUCUGUGUCCUGGCUAUCUCCUGUUACUGGGCACAGUGGGAGAACAGAUGGGGGUUGACCCCUGGGGGUCAGACAGAGGGUGUCAUUGCUGAUUCUUCACUCUCCUGGGGAGGACUUGAUGGCCUUAUGUAGAGACACAGAAAUAUACCAAGGCUCCUGAACCACUGGGGCUCUCCUCCAGGGAGUUUCACAGGUGUGUACUGGUUUCAGUUGGGGUUGAUCAGAUGACCUUUGUGGUACAAACCACGAAUGUGACCCUGUCCUGAAACAUCAUUCCUUUUUCAGCUUGAUUGUCUACACGGAGAUCAGGGUGAUGAGUUUCAAUGCAUUUGUAGACUGACCCCCACCUCUCUGCCACCACUGCCCAUUAAUCAGAAAAAGUCAGAGCUGCAUGGCUUCAGAAGAACAAGUUCUGCGAACAAAUGAGGCAGCCAGCCAUGUGGUCACUCAACUCUGUCCAAGCAACCUGCACAUACGCCUUGAGGUCCUUCAGGUAUCUACCAGGACCUGUGCCUAGCUCAUGUUGCAUUCUAAGAACUCUCAUUUCAUUUGCAUGUAACAUUCAUUACAAGAAGUAAUUAGCUGAAAGAUCAGCAUCAUCAAAGGUUCAAGGAGGCUAGAAAGUAAAUUCAUAUUGCUCCAUGUUAUUUAAUUCAGAUCACAUUUUGUGAUUGGUUGGAUUUUGAUUAAAGGAUGUCUGACACUGUUCCCAAAACCAAGAAUUUAUAGACUAAAAGUACCCAAAAUCUAAAAGCCAGCUUUGCCAUUUGCUGUGGCCCAUAACCCACAGGCCAAAAAAGCCACUUUUUACUAUUUACAUUCUGCUGUUUGACCAACUUUCAGUUAACCAUGCUGGGAGAGAGUGUAAGAACUCAGGUAUAUGGUAUGUUAAAGGAGUUCCAGAACAAUCAUUGUGACCCCUUCCCCGUCAAAGCUAAUAGGCACCUAACUAUUCUUGUCAGCUCAGUUUUCUAAAGACAGCAAGAGCAUUGACUCAUUUGAUUUCUCUAUGCCUGAUUUGUGGGAUCUUGGGGGUCAGACAAACAAAGCAUUUAAUAAACACAACCUGCUGGGGGCUGGGGAUUUAGCUCAGCGGCAUAAGCACCUGCCUUGCAAGCAGGCGCUUGUGAGUUCGAUCCCCCGGUACCGAUAAAAAAAAAACAAAACAAAGACAACCUGCUGAUCAAUAAUAGAAAGUUGAUUGUCUACUCAUCCCAAGAGGCAAAAAAGAAAAGUCAAAUGAAAUUGUAACUUGCUUUGCAAAGUCUUCACCCAUCCCUUCCCCUUUCACCACUGAAACCAAGAGAUUCAUUUGCAUACAGGUUGCAGAUACAAGCAGAUCUCAAUAUUGGUAGGUUAUUUUUGUCACCAAUGAAAAGAAAAUGCUCAGUUCAACUACCAACACUCCAGGGAGACAAAACAACUGCAAAGCCAUGCUGAGUUCUGAGAAGAUGUGGGCUCGCAUAGAAGCCCCAGGCCUAGGCCCUUCGUUGGUCCAGUUCUAAAAUCUAGAUUCAUGGGAACAGGCCAGGCCCAUCAGCUGUCUUUGCAGUCAGUACUUACCCUGAUUAAGAAAGAAACCAUUUAAAAGUAAUAGACAAAUAGUAAUGAAAGUUCAGUUGCUUUUGAAAGUAUUUGAACUAUUUUUGAAGAUCUUAACCAAGUUUUAGAGGCUUUGCCUGAAAUAAACAGAUUUAUCCCAACCUUGGUUUAUAUGUGAAUGCCACACUUACCUGGCACAGACAUGGAAUUCUGAAAGACAGAACUGCUUUUCUCUGUAGGGAAAUGAAGGAGUAUUUGUACUUUUCCCUAAUAAAAUCAUGGGGUUGCCAGGGCCUCAUCCUUCAAAACCAUUAUGAAUUUCUUGUAGCUGAACUCUGAAGUAUAAGAGUCUGGAACUCACAUAGUAUAGGACCUCUGUUACUUCCACAGUUUUUCUGGAAACUCCUUAUUUGUUACUUCUAGUGGGUCCUUCUCCCCUCACAUUGCUACCUCUGGAGAUUUCUCCAAUAUUCUAAAGCUGAAUACCCAGACACUUUGAUGUUUUUCAGUUACCUUGAUUUUUGCUGUCUUCUAUGAAACUGUAUGUCUGGAAUUUUUAGAACUUUUUCUGCAUCAUUGCUAUAGCUAUCACAUGCCCAGUGUUGUUCCCAUUAGUAUGAAAUGCUUUCAGACAGAUUGUGCAGUCAGAAAUAACUCAUUUAAUAUCUUGCAUUGGUGUACCUUGUUCCAAACAAACAACCAAACUGUAACACUUCUAACAAACACUGAUUAACAGAACACGGAGGAUCUUUCCUACUUCUAACAGUCAAACUCUCUCUGCCCUCAGUUAUCAAAAUACCAACUCUCUCUACUACCUAGGGCACUUACCAGAGUGUUUUCUACCUUCUUGGCCCACUCUGCCUGCCAAGGCUGAAGAAGAGAGUCCAAAAACCUCUCUUAGGAAGAUUUUUAGAGAAGCUAUUACUACUACUACUACUACUACUGCUACUUCUACUACUACUACUACUACUACCACUACUGGUAACAAAUAAUGAUGAAAAUAAUAUUUCAAGAUAAAGUAUACAAGAAGUUAGAGGAAAGCAAAGUUGGCCCCCAGAAGUCAACUUCCACUUCAGAUCAUUACUAUGCCCUUUUGUUUCUCUCUACUUCCAACCAAUAGAGCAGGUGGCUAUGCUAGACUGUCUUCAUUGGAGUCAGGAGUAGAGAAAGCUAUCCCUAAAAGAGGCAGUGAAUUGAUAGCCAACAGAGCUUUGAACUUGGUGGGUAUCCAUUACAUAUUUGUGGUUCAGAUGUGAGUGGUAGAGAGGAAGUUCUUGGUGCAACAGCAAGCUUUGAUGGCUUCUCUGCUCGCCAGCCUGGGCCUCCCGCUUAGGCUUCCCACCUGGCCUCUCAGCACUAAUACCAAUGAAUUUCAUCCUUAGCCAACAGCUCAGUCCUGAAGGAGACAAGGCCAUAAGCAGCCAACUAGUCUACAUUAGCUUAAAGACCUCAAGUUGACCAGCUAAUCUGGAAAAAUUACCUGGGAUGUUCAAAGAUGGGAGAGUUUCAAGCCUUUCCUAAUAAGCAUUUUGUCAGAGAUCCACUUUAACUAGAUCGACCACUCAGAUUCUAUUUGCCAUUUAUCUGUGCCUGUCACUGCACAGAUCAGCUCGUGUACCUGCCCCCUUCCUCAUUGCUGAACUAAUCAGGAAAAAGGCACAUUCAUGCUCUGCACUCUAUUCUUCACUAGUUCAGCCUUCCAUGUUUACCAAGUCUGUGACACAAUGGUGAGCUUUCACUCUACUCCGAGUUGCCAGGGCCAGGACUAGGGUGAGGUGAACAAGGCACUGUGGGUGCAAAAUGUAAGAAGGCAGUUUCUCUUAGGCUGUACAAGUGUCUCACCCUUGUCCCAGCCCUGUGACUUGUUCUCAGUAAGUAACAUCAGUUUUCCUGCUUCCAAGUAUCAUUCUUCUUACUGGAGAGGGGAGUAACCAACUGUUUUCAAGCCAAAUAUUUAAUUGCUAUCUGUUUUCCAUUCAUAGCUAGAGGUCUUUGCUAGGAUGCAAAGACUGGGGAGAAAGUGAGCAUCCUAGAACUGCUCAUGCCUCCUAAUUGUUCUCCUCCUCUCUAAGAAAACAUGCUCUCAGGAAAGGGAUACAUUCACUUACUUUGAGAUUAUAAGGCUUAAUGCUAUCUCCUUUGAGGAUCACUUGCAUUUUAACAGGGCAAAAGCCGUAUACCAAAGGAAUGACAUUAUACUUGCAGAACAUUAGACAUCAACUAGUUGUAGUAAUGUAUUUUUCACCAAGGACAGGCCAGAUUCCCUGGCAGCUAACUCCAGAGCAUAUAAAAGACCUUUAUCAAUAUAGUUAAUAGUUGAUGGUCAUUUAAAUUGUCCAAAUACCCAGUUUUUCAGUGUGGUUACUAAUAAGGGACUCUCAGGAAUGGCUACUAAAAGCCACUGGGAAGACUUAGGUCAUUCAUAUUGUACAUUAACAUGUUUACAUAAAUAGAAUUAAUACUACUUAUCCUUUGAGUAAAAGAACACAAAGAUUUCAGGAGUUUAUGAAAAUAUGUCCUGUCUGUGAAAAGGUGAAAUAUCCGAUCCAUGUCACAUCAACAUCAGUUAUCUAGUAUUGGUGGUGAUUAUUUAACUUAUUGAAGGUUCAACCUCACCAAGCCCAGGCCUCUGCUCUCCUGCCUCAUCAUACCUUUGUUAUGUGCAAUCUCUUCAGCUUGGUGUGAGAAUAAGACCUAUACUAAAAAACCCAUUUCCUUCAAAGCCUUUGCAUAUAUUUCAACUAUAAGUGACAAAGAUAUUAGGGACUUUUAAGGAUGAGUGAGAAGCAGGUACCAAAAUGUGCCUUUGUCAAAGGGCAGAAAACACUAUAAUGAUUUAAAGAAUUAUAUGAAAAAAGCGAUGUUUUAGGACACUUGGAAAUAGAUUUAUAGAAGACUACAGUAUAAAAUGGUUAUGGACAUAUCUUUACGGCAUUUUUUAUAAGUUUAGCAAAAAGAAAUUUGCACAAGUAAUGAGUUAUAUGAAAUAGGUAAUACUUUUGUUCAGUAAAGUGCAAAAGUCUAGGCCAGUGGUUCUCAAAGUGUGGUUCCAGGACCAGUGGCAGCAGCAAUCCUGGUAUGUGUCUGUAUGUGUGUGCAUGCAUAUGUGUGUGUGUGUGUGUUUGUGUGUGUUUUCCAGUGAUACUCCUCCUUCAAGCCCCUUAAGCACUAUAGCCAGCCUCCAUCUGAUCCCAACCUUUCCUGUUUUUCUGGCUGUCAUUACAGUGGUCAAUUUCUGGCCAAGAGAUGUAAAGUAUAAUCAUCAUGCUGGUAGGCAUACGUUUGGCGUUAAGAAAUUAUUAGAUUGAAUCAACUCCGCAAUGAAUUCAAUCUGAAAAGCUUUGGUUUGAUUAAACUAGCUGUUUGGCCUGGUUUGAGCUUAAAAAAUGUUUUUGACUCACAAGUAGAAAAAGGGGAAAGAUGUUAGGUUGGUUUGGUAUUACCAACCCUUAAAUAUUCAUCCUCAUCAGAGUGACUGUUCUCCAGGAGGGCUCUGGCAGAAAUAUAAUUGAUUUUAAGUUUUUGCCUAAAGAGGGUAAUUUGAUAGCAACAAAAUCUGAACCAGAUCAAUCAGUUAACCCCUCUCAGCUUCUUUGAAAUGCCAAACUUUAUAGAGAUUUUAUUCUGUAUGUGGUCUUGAGCUUAAUGUCCAAUUUCAUAAAAUGUUAGGCAUGCAAAUGCAGCAUUGUGCUCAUUGUACCAGUCACUUUAAACUCAUUCCUUCCUUCGUGUGUAUGAUGGUAAAAUACCAGUAUGUAUGUUCUAAUGCAUUCUGAUCUAUUGUAAAUUACAAACUUUUUCAUUAAUUUUUAAAUGAGCUAUAAUUAAUCUGGCUAGCAGUUACAAUUUUAUUAUUUUUAACAUAUUUCAUUGCUACUUUUUUCUACUGACUCCAAAGCUUACUUUGGGAAAUAUUUCUUAUUUCUGGAUUGCUGUAUUUAUCUUAUUUCUAUAUUUAUCUAUAGUCACUGAAUAUUAGAGCUGAAAGGAACCACCCUCAUUUUGCAGAUGAGCAAACUAAAGCCAGGAAAGAUCACAUAGCUUACCUAGAGUCCUGCAGUGAGGCUGAGGCAGAACCCAGCUGUAGCUGGAGGUCUCCUACUUCUGGACUGAGUGCUUUGCCAUUUAAAGCACUACAUUUGUAGAAGAUUCACAGCUGGCUUCUACUUUUAUGACUCAUGAAUUUCCCAGGUUAUAAAAAAGAGUUCUUUAGUUCCUGAAUCCAAAGAUAAAUCUGAUUUUCAGUUUUAGAAAUUUAAGUUUCCCUCUUCAUUUAGUAUCUGUGCCCUACUUUGUACAAUGUUUCCCUAAAAGUUGAGUGAAUAAAUGAAUUUUUAUAGAUCAGCUUUCAUAUUUUAGCUGGGUGUGGUAGCACACACCUGUAAUCCCAGCACUCAGGUGGCUGAGACAGGAAGAUUGCUGUGAGUUGGCGGCCAGCCUGGGCUACAUAAUGAAUUCAGGACCAGCCUGACCUGCAAGUAAGACCCUGUUUCAAAAAAUAAAAUUCAUUUUUUUAGUAGAAGUUCCCUAUAUAAGAGAAUCUUCUAAGGACUUCUUUUGAAAAACUAAUACUUGUCAUUGUUCCUUAAUGUCUCUACUUAAACUUUAGUGGUAUAUCUUGUAUUCAAUGUUUAUUUAAAGUAGGGCAACCAAUAUUAGAUUUCUAGAAUCUACUUUAAUCUUGCUUUCUUAAUCUUUUUGGGAAUUUUCAGACUGUUAGAUGUUCAUGAGAUACUCAUUUGUGUUCUAGAAACUUCUCCUAGCUUAAUAUUUUGUCAAUUCCUGGGCUUAAACUCUAUUUUAUCAAACAAUAAUAGAGUUAGUUCCUUAAUAAGUACCAAGUUCUGUAUGCAGUCUCUUUUCCAGAACAUUCUUUGCCUAACGUUCCUUAGUAUGGCUCUCUCUUGCUAUUCUUGGGCCUCUUUUCAUAGUUUAUGCAUACCUCACUAUUUUGUGGGCUUGCAGGUUGGACACAUUGAAGAUGGUGCUGGUCAUAUUGAGUGGCUUUUCCCUUUAUUUUCUCUGUGGCCUUUCUUUUCCCAGACUUCUGGUUUUCUUUUUUAGGUAUACUCAGAGGCUUCUCACCAGAGAUCGAGGGACUUUCCUCCAUCAUCUAGACCAGGGAUUGACAAAUUUUUCAUGCAAAGGCCAGACAGUAACUGUUUUAGGCUUUGUGGGUCACAUAAGAUCUCCAUAACACAUUCUUCUUCUUGGCUGUUAUCAUUUGUUUGUUCAUUGGUUUGUUUUAUGACCCUUGGAAAAUGUAAAAACCAUUGUCAGCUCAUGGCUGUCACUAAUGUGGCCCAGUUGUUAUUGUUUGCUGACCCAUGAUCCAGACUAUCUUCUGUGACAGGCAUUUCUAUGACCUGCCCCAUGUGAUGAGUUGGUUGUGUACCAGAUGAUGUGGCUCAUUAACCUCAAUGUGUACAGCACUGUCACUGGAGUCUGAACAUACAGGGCCAGGUGGAAGAUGCCAUGAGGUGUCCCUCUGGGCCUCCUCUCCCUCAUAUCACUGACUACCUUAGUGUAGAAACCCUCAUUCUUUUCUUGGGACCUGUCCUCAUUAUUCAAUGUACCUCUGCUUCCCACAUGUAGAGUAAGCUGGUAGAAAAGAAUUUUCUGAGGAUUUCUGAGUUUUAUUAUUUCUUUGUCUGAUCAUUGCUCCCCCCACCCUGUCCUGCCCUAUAGUGCCAUUACAAGUUUAAGUCUGCCAUUGGAAAGUCAGGUAGCAUGGGCCAUAAGGAUUCCAGUCUGUGAUUUCCUAGAGAGAUCAUCAGCUUUCCUAGCCACCAAAACUGGCUUUAAAACUCUUGUCUAUCUGUCUACUUUCUAAUGUGGUUAGACCUAGCACAAGACAGAGCACUCAACACCAGCAAGAAAAUGAAUGAGCGGCCAGGGAUAUAGCUCAGUGGCAUAAGCUCCUGCCUGGCAAGUGCAAGGUCCUGAGUUCAAUUCCUGGUACAAAAAAGAAAGAAAAUCAAUGAGAUGUAAUCUUUUACCUACAGUCUCUCCCUGCCUCCUGAAUCCCAGCCCCCUGGGGUAGGCUCCUUUGGAUGCCCCACAUCCAAAGGUUGGAAAAAUACAACCAGUAGGUACUCAGCACACCACUGCCUUCUGUUUUCUGAGCCAAAGCUUUUUCACAUCUCUCUCCAUUGUGCUCCCAUCUAGACUCCUCAUGUUCCUUAAGGGCUGAAGCUCAGAUGUACAUUUUCACAUUCUCUUAUGUAAACAGUGAGGGAUAUGAGUGGAUGAGGAGGCGUGAGCCUAUGUGUAUGAGUGCAGUUUUUCUACCUGGAAUGUGAAGACCACAUUUGCUAACAUAUCACAUUCAAGGUGCACACACACACCAUCCAGAAGUCUCAUUGGCCUCCGGUCCAGGGCCAGGUCUGGUCAAGGAAAAGGGAAUGGUGGGGCUCCCGUGGCAUGUCCCUCUUCUUGUCUGUAGAAGUCUUUUUGAAAUUGGCUUGCACUGACUCUUUCCUGGGGAGACAAUGGAAGACCCUACUCAUUGGCACUUCUGGACAGGGCUGCAUACAGCGAGCUGAGACUUCAACUCCAUGUACACUGAGCUUCUCAGGCAUAGCUCUCAGGCUACAGCCUUUUCUAGCUCAGCACGUUUGCUUCUUAGGACCUUUUGUUCCAUUCCUAUCAUUUGAGCCCAGGGAAUCUACCCAUUUACUGAAAUCAGAAUUUAAAAAUCAGAUAUAGGAGUAAUGUCCAGGAUUUCCCUAGUUCAAAGUGCCCACAAAGCAGUUUCUUUCUGUCUUCUGUUUAGGAUUUCUAGAAGUGAGAAAGGAAACCAGGUUGUGCCUUGGAUCCUAAAGCAGUGAAAGUACUCCCGUGUCAAAAGCAAAAUGAGUACUGAGCACUAGCCAGUACUGUGAGGAUGGGAGCUGGACUUCGGAUAGGUUACACUUACCCUUCAGUGCUUACUGAGUACCAACAAUGCACUUACAACACACAGGGGAGACAGGAAUUUAAACAAAUGUCCUAAACUGGAAGGCAGAAAUAAAAUACACUCCCCCGCUCCCUGCCCUGUGAUGAGAUUGUGUCCCUGGAUUAAAACUCAGGAAAAAGCAGAAACAAGGCGAGAUCACAAUCCUAAUCUAAGUAGGAGUCUGACACAAAAUGGAAGAGAGCCCUCUGUGGGGUAUUAUUACAAAGGGUCUUCUUGUCUCUUUUCUUUUUUAAAGCAUUUCUUACUGGCUUGCUACCAGCAAUUGAACUAUACUCUUUAUAUAGCUAGAGAUGAUUGUGUCUCCUUAAAAUAAACCUUUUUCUGUUAAAACCA